AUGAAUGGCAACCGUAAAUGUGAGCUCAAGAAUAACGACAAGUUGUCCAUCGGCUGCAAGACAUUCCUCUUCCGUAAAUGCAAACCAAUGACAAAUACAGCGAUCACUUCCACGUCGUGUCAGUUCAUCAACAAUAAGACAACAAAUGCAUUGCAAGUGUCGCUCGAGAAGACACCAGAACUACUAAAACCCGAUUCACCCGAACCCGUAAGACCUGAAUCACCCGAACCCGGUAAGAAUGCGAAAGACAAGGCCCAGGCGAAGAAGGAGAACCUCGACGACCUCAAGCAGGAGGUGUCGAUGGACGAGCACAAGAUCACUUUGGAGGAGCUUUACACCCGGCUUCAGGUGGAGAACUGGGAGAACGGGUUGACCACCGCUCAGGCCAAAGCAUUUCUCGAGAGGGACGGCCCGAACGCACUCACGCCUCCCAAACAGACCCCCGAAUGGAUUAAGUUCUGCAAACAAUUGUUCGGCGGUUUCGCGCUAUUGCUAUGGAUCGGCGCUAUUCUCUGUUUCCUCGCUUAUGGCAUACAGGCGUCCAGUUUUGAAGAGCCGGCGCCCGACAAUUUAUACUUAGGAGUAGUAUUGGCGGCGGUAGUGAUCAUCACCGGCUGCUUCUCCUACUAUCAAGAGGCCAAGUCGUCAGCCAUUAUGGAAUCGUUCAAGAAUAUGGUUCCACAGUACGCCACUAUUGUCAGAAAUGGCCAGAAGAAUACCAUCACCGCCGAGGAGGUAGUGGUCGGCGAUAUCGUUGAGGUGAAAGGCGGCGAUCGGAUACCGGCCGACAUUCGCAUUAUUAAAGCCCACGGAUGCAAAGUAGACAACUCUUCACUGACGGGUGAAUCCGAGCCGCAAACCCGUUCACAUGAUUUGUCCAGUGAUAACCCCCUCGAGACCCGCAAUUUGGCCUUCUUCUCGACCAACUGUGUCGAAGGCGCCGCCACUGGGAUCGUCAUAAACACCGGCGACCGCACUAUUAUGGGCCGAAUCGCUAACUUGGCGUCGGGUCUGGCGAUGGGCGAGACUCCCAUCGCUCGCGAGAUCGAGCACUUCAUUCACAUCAUCACAGGUGUGGCCGUCUUCCUGGGCGUCACUUUCUUCGUCAUAGCAUUCGUGUUGGGCUACCACUGGUUGGACGCCGUUAUCUUUCUCAUCGGCAUUAUUGUGGCCAAUGUUCCCGAAGGACUAUUGGCAACUGUGACCGUAUGUCUGACACUGACGGCCAAACGUAUGGCCAGUAAGAACUGUUUGGUGAAGAACUUGGAGGCCGUGGAGACACUGGGCUCCACAUCGACCAUAUGUAGCGACAAAACCGGAACUCUGACCCAAAACCGGAUGACAGUCGCGCACAUGUGGUUCGACAACCAUAUCAUUGAAGCCGACACUACGGAAGACCAGAGUGGCGUCCAAUACGACAAGAGCUCUUCCGGUUGGAAGUCAUUGAGUCGGGCCUGUGUUCUGUGCAGUCGCGCUGAGUUCAAGGGCGGUCAGGACGCCGUCCCUAUUCUUAAACGUGAGUGUGCGGGCGAUGCGUCCGAAUCAGCGAUAUUGAAAUGUAUGGAAAUAGCGAUCGGAAACGUGACGGCUGUUCGCAAACGUAACCCUAAAGUAUGCGAAAUCCCAUUCAACUCAACCAACAAAUAUCAUGUGACCAUUCAUGAGACCGAAGACCAGAACGACCCGAGCUAUCUGUUGUGCAUGAAGGGCGCACCCGAACGCAUACUCGACCGCUCGGGCACUAUAUUCAUCAACGGAGAGGAGAAGAUACUCGACGAAGACAUGAAAGACGCGUUCAACGCCGCGUACCUCGAGUUGGGAGGUCUGGGCGAACGUGUGAUCGGUUUAUGCGACUAUAGACUGCCGGCAGACAAGUACCCGCCCGGCUAUCCCUUCGACGCCGAUGAGGCCAACUUCCCAUUAGAUAAUCUCCGCUUUUUGGGCUUAGUGUCGAUGAUAGACCCGCCGCGAGCCGCUGUGCCCGACGCCGUGGCCAAGUGUCGCAGCGCCGGCAUCAAAGUGAUCAUGGUCACCGGCGAUCAUCCCAUCACCGCUAAGGCCAUCGCCAAAGCCGUCGGCAUUAUAUCAGAGGGUACUGAGACUGUAGAGGACAUCGCAUUGAGACUAAACAUACCGAUAGAGGACGUGAACCCACGGGACGCGAAGGCGGCUGUAAUUCACGGGCAGGACCUGAAGGACAUGAACGCCGAACAAUUGGACGAACUUCUUGCUUAUCACACGGAGAUAGUGUUCGCCAGGACUUCGCCGCAACAGAAGCUCAUUAUAGUGGAGGGCUGUCAACGUCAGGGCGCUAUCGUCGCCGUCACCGGUGAUGGUGUGAACGACUCGCCGGCCCUCAAGAAGGCCGACAUCGGUGUGGCGAUGGGUAUCGCCGGCUCCGAUGUGUCCAAACAGGCGGCAGAUAUGAUACUUUUGGACGACAACUUCGCGUCGAUAGUGACGGGUGUAGAGGAGGGACGGCUUAUAUUUGACAAUUUGAAAAAGUCUAUCGCAUACACACUGACCAGUAAUAUACCAGAGAUCUCUCCCUUCCUCUUCUUUAUCAUAUUCAACGUGCCGUUGCCUUUGGGAACGGUUACCAUUCUGUGCAUCGAUUUGGGCACCGAUAUGGUGCCCGCCAUCUCUCUGGCCUACGAACAGGCCGAAAGUGAUAUAAUGAAACGCCAGCCCCGGGACCCGAAAGUAGACAAACUGGUGAACGAGCGGCUCAUAUCUGUGUCGUACGGACAGAUCGGUAUGAUUCAAGCGGCCGCUGGUUUUUACGCCUACUUUGUCAUUAUGGCUGAGUAUGGCUUCAAAUCGGACCUAUUGUUCGGUCUUCGGGAGGACUGGGACUCCAAAGGUGUUAACGAUUUGCAGGAUUCUUACGGACAGGAAUGGACAUAUAAGGCCCGCAAACAAGUGGAGUACACGUGUCACACGGCUUUCUUCGUGUCCAUAGUAGUGGUCCAAUGGGCGGAUCUCAUUGUCUGUAAGACCCGACGCAACUCUGUCAUCCAUCAAGGGAUGAGGUUUUCGUGGUGGUUCCCAGCAUUGCCUUUCUCGCUGCUAAUAUUCUUCUACGACGAGGCCAGACGUUUUAUCUUACGCCGCAAUCCCGGCGGUUGGGUUGAGUUGGAGACCUACUACUGAGCCCCGGGAGGACACACCGUAUGUCACUUGCGUUUCCCCCGACAACACCUCCCGAUCCCCACAAACCUAUCUCUCAUUCUCUGUAUCUCAAUGUCUGUCUAUCUAUACAUUUGCAGCUCUUUUAUAGCACGACAACAAUUGAAGGCAUUCU